AUCCACCCCAAAGCCAACGCCGCCACUGCUACGGAGAACAUCGUUAACACUCUAAAUAAAUUUGAACAGUUAUCACCGGACUCCCCCAAAUUUCAAUUACUGUUCUCUCGACAAGUCCCUCAAAAGAUUCCAGCAGUAUGUCACAUGCACCACCCGCAUGGGGAACAUUCUAGACAAAUGCUAUGGUUCUGUCCAGGAUGCAUACAGAUCUCUUCUCCUCCCCCCUCUCAGCUCAGCUGAUCAUCAUACAAUCCUGCUCGCCCCAGCAUACACACCGAUCAUCAAAUGGGCAAAGAAGGAUGUUAAAAACAUCAAACAGUGGACUGCAGAAAGCAUCCAAACCCUACAAGAAUGUUUUGAAUCUACAGACUGGGACAAUCUCCUUUCCUCCAACAAUAUACACAAUCAGGCAGACACAGUCUUAUCAUAAAUCGCCUUCUGUGUUGACAACAUCAUCCCAUCAAAAACAGUCACUAUCUUUCCCAACAAUAAACCUUGGAUCACCAAAGAGCUUAAGGAUAUACUAAACAAAAAGAAAAGGAUUUUCUUUACUGGCUCUGAUUCAGGCAAGAAGGAAAUCAACAGAGAAGUUAAGCAAGCAAUUAAAACAGCAAACCUGAAGUAUAAAAACAAAGUGGAGAAGAAUUUUUCAGAGGGGAACCUCCGCUCUGCUUGGCAAUGACUGAAAGCCAUAGCUUCUGCGAACACUGCUGCCUCCAGUCCCAGAAUCAUCCAUGUGGAGGGCAGUACCGCCACAUCCCUCUCUGAUGAAACUCCUUUUACACCAGGUUUGAGUCAGACAACUCCACUCAGCUCCAGAGUUUAAGAUCAUCGCUUAAAUCAGACAACUCUGCAUUCAUCUUCAACACUCUGGACGUAGUGAAUGCCCUUAAGAGGAUUAGAGAGAGGAGCGCACCCGGUCCAGACCACAUCUGCAGCCGAGUCUCACUGUGCUCAGCAACUAGGUGGUGUAUUCCAGACCUUGUUCCAGAGCUCUAUGGACAGCGGCAUAGUACCCCGCUUCUGGAAACAUAGUUAUCCCCAUUCCCAAAAAAAGUACAACCAAAGCUCUGAAUGAUCUUCAGCCCGUGGCUCUCACCUCACUAGUGAUGAAAGCCAUGGAGAGGGUUGUAAAACACCACAUCAUCAGAACCACUAACUCCCAAAUGGACCCGACGCAAAACCAUUCAUUAUAGACACCAUGCAUACACAUUUGGAGCAGCCUCAGUUAGACUCAUCAGUUAGACUCUUGUUUGCUGACUUCUCCUCAGCUUUCAACACUCUGCAACCCCACAUCCUGGAUACCAAACUCUCCUCUAACUUUCAACUGGACAACCAGUUAAUCCUGUGGAUAUUGGACUUUCUGACCAACAGAUCACAGAGAGUACUGGUAAACAAUAUUCUCUCUGACCUUCUCUAUACCUUGACCGGGUCGUCCCAAGGAUGCGUGCUGACUCCUCUGCUCUUCAUCUUAUACACGGAUGACUGCAGAACCGCACAGCCGAACUGCCAUUUGGUGAAGUACACUGUCAGGCCCCUCACACAACCAUGGUCAGGCUCUGCAGAAGUUUGUGGACUGGUGUUGUAGUAGAAAAAUUUUAAAUCAACCUCUCUGAUAACACAGAGAGUUACUUAGAAUAAAAGUCUGGACCUCUCAGUUUGGUGAGUAAAGGAAAUCUCUUUAAUUCUAGCAAUUCAGCAAAGCGCUCCCCUCACACUCUGGCACUUGGUACCAAGUCACCCGGAGCACACAGAGCAAUAGUUGAUAAUCUAUAACCCCCAAUUCCCUAUAAGGACUUCUAAGUCCUGAUUGGUCACAGAACACCAACAAACCGAGCUCAAAUGUAUAACAAACACAAUUCUCCUGUUCUAUUGGUUCACCUUGGUAGCAAGGUAAAAUCCACCCAUCUUGCUCAAUUUACCGGAAUCUGUCUCGGCUUCUAGACUCUACUUGAGAUAUGUAUAUAGAUAUUGAUCAUAUGACAUUGAAUCACUAUUAAUGUUUGGGUGUUCCAUUGAUUAAUGAUUAACACAUUGACAUAUUGUCAUUGAAUCACUGCAAAUACAUGGUUAACAUAUGAUUUGUAUGAUUAACAUUAUUACGCGUACUUAUACAUUUUCACUACCGCGUAACAGACUUACAAUAAGCUAGUUUGAAUGGAAUUUAUUUAAAUUUAAAAGGACUUAAAUGUUUAAUUGUUUGUUUAAAAAAACUGAAUGUUUUGGGGGAGAAACUGCAAAAAAAGUGCUUUACGAUGUUUUUUAAAAAAGUGUCAAAAGCACAUGUCUGCACAAGAAACACUGUCUUGUAUUUGUACUUUAACAACAAAAACAAUUUCUGGAUAGAAAUUGCUCUGAAAGCUAGAUAGCUUACUCUGAAAAUGUAGGAACAUAGGUAUACUGAACUACAUAAAGUUUACUGUAACAUAUCGGUUUGUACUAAGGCGAGUCUCUAGAUUUCUGAGAUUUUCUUACAGAUUUUUCUCUGCAGCGUUUUGGUGUAUCGUCAUAUUGUGAUAUGGAUUAAUAUUUGUUAAUUGAGUCGAUUAAAUCAUAUGUCGCCUUUAACAAUCAACACAUAGUUUAUAAUCGAUUAACUGUUACAACAUUAGAACAUAGAUUACAAUAUUAAACAACAAAUCAUAUGAAUCAUGUCAAAAUGGCCAUACUUACCUUAUCAGGGUAACAAUGUUAAUAUAAAGCUAUAGGAAGCAUUCCUUGACCAGCUAAUCUUACGAGAUAAUGGUAAUUGUCAUGCCCUGCUCGUCGGCUCCUCCUGUGUGCCACGCCCCCUGCCUACCCACGUGUGUUUCCCGGAUUGUACCCAGCUGUGUCCGUUUGCUUUCAAUCAGUCUUGUGCAUUUAAGUCCUGGUCUCCCCAGUUUUCCUUGUCUGUCAUUGAUGUAAGUCGGCGUUUCAUGUUUCCUGCUCCCAGUCUGUUUAUUAAACCCCUGAUUUACCCCGACUUCUGCCUGUCCGCCUACUUCCUGUCCGUUCGCCUCGCACGAUCGCCGCUCUCCCCGCGCCAGAUCGUGGCAGAAUGACAAACCCACAACAAAAGAAGCGGAGGAGACGGAGAGUCCCGCAGGGGACGAUCCGUCUCGGCGCCUGCUCGCUCUCCAGGAUUUGGCUCCCGACGGAGGACGAGAGGGAGGUACCCGCCCUACCUCCAGCCCGGGGGCUGACCACACGCGACCCCGAUCCCGCGUGGAAGUACUGGCUCUCCAGUGAGGACGAGGACGAGGAGCCCUUCCUCUACCCUUACCCGGAGCCGGAAGCCUUUCUUCCGCCGUCCGUUUUUACGGACGUCGCGCCGCCUCCCGCCACCGCCAGGCGCCAGCGAGGGAGACGAAGGAGACCGGCGAUCGCCAAGCUAUGGAAAAGAAGUGGGAUGAAGUUUAUAAUUUUGUCUCUUCACAAGCAUACCCUGCAGGGUAUAGUAAGGCACAGAAGCAAAAUACAAGGAGAUUUGCCUCCAAGUUCAUACUGAAAGGUGGAGAACCCUGGUUUGGGAAGAGAAGAGUGGUGAAAACCAGAGAGGAAGCAAAGACUGUGUUCAUGGAAUUUCAUUCAUCUUGGGCAUAAGAAAAACACGACAUAUAUCUUCAUGGUUUUACUGGUUUGGCAUAUCAAGUGUCAAAAAGUUGGUAAGCCUUUGGUUGCUGUUCGGACACUAGAAUGUAUUCAGGUCAGUGAUGUCUGGGAGCUUAUCGGAAUUGAUCUAACAGGGCCUUUCCCAAAAACCACUGAUGGCCUUCAGUACAUUUUGACAGCCACUGACUACUUCUCAAAGUGGGUUGAGGCUUUCCCCUUAAAAACAAAAACAGCAUCAGAAAUUGCAAGACAGUUGUGUUCAAUUAUAUACAGACAUGGCUGUCCCAAAAGAAUUCUUUCCGACCAGGGAAGAGAAUUUGUUAAUGAAAGGAGUGUAACAGCAGCCUACCACCCCAAACUAAUGGCCUCGAUGAAAAGACCAAUGAUAACAUAAAACGAGCCCUCAAGAAACUUCAAUCAGCAGAAUGACUGGGAUACAAUCAGCAGAAUGACUGGGAUACUUAUCUGGAUGCCACACUGUUCUCCUUGAGACCGGAGAUGCACACAACCACAAAACACUCUCCCUUUCUUUUAAUGUAUGGCAGAGAGGCGGUAUUCCCUGCAGAGGUUCCUGCUGACAUGCCAAAGUGUAUGAAAAUCUCCGGCGGCCGGUGGAGAGCGUAACAGAGAGGAGGCUGCAGCCAGUUGCGUCGUUCACAGCAGGGGCUGAAGACCCGCCAUCUGUCUCUGCAGAAACGGCACACCCUACCACCACAGACGCGAGCCAGAAGAAGAAGAGGAGGAAGCGGACAGAGAGACCAGAGGUAGCCCCGACCAUCCUCCUGGGAGCCACCUCUCUCUUCCCCGCCUCUCUCCCUGCCAGUGAUCGGGGGGACUUCCAGAUCACUCCAGACAUCCCCACUGCUUCCAAGUUACUUUCAUGGACAGCUUCCCCCUUCCAGGGAACGCAACUGACUUUGAAAGGGGCCAGAGUGGUUUGGGACCCUAUCCCGCGGCACUUGAUCUGCCUGUCCUGCUGGCGCCUGAUCAGCCUGUCCUGCCUGUCCUGGCCACUGCGGUGCCCCCUGCUGGUGUAGAGUCGGUGGUUCCUGCGACGCCCCCUGCUGGCCCAGAGUCGGCAGUGCCUGCUGAACCCGAGGCACCUGCCACGGCCCCACCUCCAGCUACUGCUUUGCUCCCUGCACCGCCCGAGCUCCCUGCUGCAGCUGCUGCACCGCCCGAGGCAUCGCCUCCGCCUGAGGCUCUGCCUCCGCCUUCUGCACCACCCACACCAGAGGUCUUGGCUCCGCCCGAGUUCCCGCCUCUGGCUGCUGCUCCGCCGGAGGCCCCUCUUCCUCCGCCCGCAGUUACUGUGGCUACCUCUGUGACUCCAGCCCCUGUGACUACUGCCCCAGUGACUCCUGUCCUAGUGCCCAUGACCUCAGUCCAUGUCGCCGGGGAGGUCCCGGCCUUUUCGACCAUCGCUUCUUCUUCCUUGGAGGAGGAGGAGCUCAAGUGGGAUUCCUCGGGGACCUCCCUCAUGACUCCUCCUCCCUCGCCCCAGUGUGGUGAUCCUGGCCUAUACCCCUAUAUACUGUGUCCCAGAAGGGUAGAGUACACAUAUGCAAGGCUAGGGUCCCACCCGCUCUGCUCCCUGGCCCGCCCUCCGACGCCUCAUCACCCUGCCUCGGUCCCGCCUCCGACACGUCGUUGGUUGUCUGCGGGUUCCCCCGCUGCGGGUCCCCCCACUCCGGUGCAUUGGUGGACAUCGCCAUGGUCUGCUGUGGCUGCGCCGUCACCUGCUGCGGCUCCCGCACCCUCCUUGCCUUUGCUGGUGUCCCCUCCGGCUCCCUCCUCAUCCCCAUCACCUGUCCCUCGCCCUACCUCCUCAGCCCCUCUGAGGUCCCCUCCUGCUCUGGCCUCCCAGUCGCCUGUGGCCCCUCCGGCUGCCACCCAUCGCCUGCUGUGGCUCCCUCGGGCUCCCUUUUGUCCCCCGUUCUUUCCGCGUUUCCCGUCCUUUGUCAGGUGUUGUCUUGGCUUUUGCCCCUGUGCCUGUUCUGUGUGUCUGUUUUGUUCUUGGUCCCUCGUUAAUGGUCUUGCUCUUGUUUUCCAGGUCCUUUGCUCCCGGUCUCGUCCUCUCCACCGCUGUCAUUGGGACAUGCCUGGAGUGCGUGCCUUUGGGGGGAGGGGUUCUGUUAUGACCUUCGCUUCCAGUCCUCGUGUGUGCCACUCCCCCCCCAUCAUCCACGUGUGCUUCCCCGAUUGUGCCCAGCUGUUUCCUGUUCUUUUCGACUUGUCUUGUGUAUAUCAGUCUGCGUCUGAGUCAGUUCCCCAGAUCGGUCAUUGACAUUUGUGCCACGUUGUUCUGUGCCUUCCCCAUGUCCUUGAAUAAACCUCCAUAUCAGGACUUUGACCUGUCAGCCUCGUCAUUGCUCGCUACCUGCCUGCUCAGAUGGACAGCUGACUAUAACAAUACAGAAGAAGCACAGACAUUGACAUUUCAGAAAGUUCAACAGAUCUACUAGCUGUGAGUCACCAACCUUUGGCCGAAGAGAAUGAUCAACAGCCUCAUGACAGUACAACCCCAAAAGACCAUCUGUUAUUGCAUAUGCCACAAAACAUGAAGAACAUAUAGAAGACUCAAAAAAGGUAACAACAGCCACAGAAGCUGUAGAGCCUGCACCAGAAAUGCCAUCCAAUCAAAAGAGAAGCUGUGAAGAACAAGGUUGCAUACUCAGAUUUCUACUUCUGACCUGUUGGUUACUUGUAACAACUUUGGCCUACUCCACCAAUUUGUUCUUUACAUAAAGGUGGAUUGGCAAGUUUGUUAUCCACCUGCUGUACUAACCUAUUGGUCACAAGUUAGCAACAGGGGCUGGAGAAAUCAGCAUAAAUCACAACCUAUUUUUCAGUAUCUAAAGCUUGGACACAACAAAAGGAUGCCUUCUGCUCACAAUGCGCGGCCAGCUGUGAUAUUCAGUAUGCUUGUUAUAUGUAGAGUCAUGCUCGGCUCGUCCGAUCCUCAUGUGUGCCACGCCCCCUGAUUAUCCACGUGUGCUUCCCUGAUCUUGCCCAGCUGUGUCCGAUUAUUUUCGCCCAGUUUCAUCUAUUUCAGUCCAUGUCUUGCCUUGGUUUUCAUCCGUCAUUGAUGUUAGGUAUUGUGAGUAGAUGUUUCCUGGUCUCCGUUUCCUUAUUAAAUCCCCGUUUGCCCCG